GGGCUCCCUCCCUCCCCAGUUUUGAAAUUGAAAAAUUGGGGCUAUAAUAGAGUGAACACAAACACAAACACCUUGCAAGCAAUUGCAUCAUCAUCAAAUAAAUCCCCUAGAUGGCCGACGAAUUCACAAAAGCCGUACAGGAUGGAAUCAGCCUCUCAAAGCGUUUGAAUCUGGGCAAGGGGCGAUCAGCGGCGCCACCUAAACCUAUGUCACAAAUGGACAAGUCCUCUCAUCCUCAAUCGUAUCUGCCCACGGCACCGAUGAUAUACGCUGUCAUUCCUGAUCCCUCGGUUGUGGAUAAUCCCGAUAUUCCCAGCUAUCAGCCUCAUGUCCACGGCAGGUGUGAUCCCCCGGCCCUCAUUCCGCUCCACAUGAAUGCCGUAUCUGUCCAAGCUCAUUGCUACUUAGAUACAGCCUUUGUCACUGUUACUGCUUCCUGGAGGCUUCAUUGCGUUAUGAGAAACCGUCACUGCGAUUGUCGAUUCGCCAUUCCACUUGCUCACGAGGGUUCAGUUCUAAGUGUUGAAGUUGAUGCAGCCGGUAAAUCGUAUUCUACACAACUGAUUUCAACAAAUGAAGAAGUGGACACAAAAAAAGUUGCCAAACCUGAAAAUGGAGGAUUUGUAAAGCCCCACAUAUUUACCUUUACAAUACCCCAGGUCGAUGGGGGUUCCAACGUGUCAGUUAAAGUAAGGUGGUCACACAAAUUACAGUAUCAGAAUGGCCAAUUUAAUUUAAUUGUACCAUUUAGUUUUCCCUCAUUUGUCAAUCCAGCUGGAAACAAAAUGUCCAAAAAAGAGAAGAUACAUCUUGACAUUAACUCUGGUCCUGGAACCGAAGUUGUUUGUAAGACGAUUAGUCAUCCUCUAAAGGAACUAAGACGUGAUGGAGGAAAGUUGGGUUUCUUUUACGAGUCACAAGUUCUUUCAUGGUCAACUAGCGAUUUUAUCUUUACCUAUGGGGUUUCAACUAAUUCUUUUGCCAAUGUGAUAUUGCAAUCACCCUCAGUUUUUGAUAUUGACAAAAGGGAUAUGUUCUGCCUCUAUAUGUUUCCAGGAAGCAAAUUUAGUAAGAAGGUGUUCAAAAAGGAAGUGUUAUUUGUUGUCGAUAUAAGUGGAAGUAUGCGGGGAAAGCCACUUGAGGAUACAAAAAGUGCAAUUUUUGCUGCACUCUCAGAGCUUAUCCCUGGAGAUUCAUUUAAUGUCAUAGCAUUUAAUGAUGAGGCUUACUUAUUCUCAUCAUCUCUGGAGUUGGCGACUAAGGAAGCCAUUGAGAAAGCUACUGAGUGGAUUGGGAUGAACUUUGUUGCUGGGGGUGGUACUAAUCUCUCGCUUCCCCUUAAUAAGGCUAUAGAUAUGUUUUCCAGUACUCAGAGCACCUUUCCUAUCAUUAUUCUUAUCACUGAUGGGGCUGUUGAAGAUGAAAGAGACAUAUGUGACAUUUUGGAAAGUCAUAUGACAAAGUCAAGAUCACUACACCCUCGUAUAUAUACGUUUGGAAUUGGUUCCUUCUGCAAUCACUACUUUCUGCGGAUGCUUGCGGAAAUCGGGAGAGGUCGCCAUGAGGCUGCUUAUGAAGUAGAUUCAAUCGAAAUGCAAAUGAAAAACUUCUUUAGAAAAGCUUUGUCGACUGUCCUCGCAAAUAUAAGAAUUGGAAGUAUGGACAAUCUCGAUGAGCUUGAGAUAUAUCCUUCUCGUGUACCUGACCUUCUCUCUGAAAGUCCACUGAUCAUAUAUGGGAGAUACUGUGGUAAAUUCCCCAAUACCACCAAAAUUGAAGGCAUCCUUUCAGACAUGAGUAAAUUUACUAUUGAUGUGAAGUUACAAGAGGCAAAGGAAAUGCCCGUUGAUGAGAUACUUGCAAAGCAUCAGAUUGAAUCAUACACAGCUCAAUCAUGGUUUUCAAAGAGCAAAGAUCUCGAGAUUAAGAUAGCAGAGCUUAGUGAGCAAACUUCUGUCAUUUCUGAGUAUACCCGUAUGAUAUUGCUUGAGGAGGGAGAGAAGCAUGCGAAAACGGUGUCUGCUGAAACAAGAAAGAAGGGACAGCUACCUAAUGAAGUUAAUCGGCAAAAGCUAUUGGUAUUCCCCAACUCUGGUAUUGGUUUUGGUAGCGUGUCUGCGACUGCAGCAAACUCACGUCCAGGAAGGGAUGAACAUAAAUUACCUGAAUCCGCAGAAAUGUUUAUUAAGGCAGCCUCUAACUGCUGUAGUAUAAUGUGUGGUCACUGCUGUUGCAUGUGCUGCAUCCAAACCUGUUCCAGGAUCAAUGACCAAUGUGCAAUAAUCCUUACUCAGUUCUGCACUGCCCUCUCAUGUUUAGGCUGUUACUCUUGUUGUGAGGCUUGCUGCGGGUCAGAUUCACUGUGAAAAAUUUGACAUACGGUAUGGAAGCACGCACUUAAUUUACGUUUGGUGAUUCUGCUGUGUUCCUGCCCUUGGGUGGGUUGAUAAUUGACUCGAUGACUUCGAUCAACCCUUCUAGCAGGGUGUCCAUCAACCCGUCUAGCAGGGUGUCUGGAAAUAGGGUAAUGUAUUAUAUAAUUAUUGUAGUUUAGGCUUAGGAAAUGUAAUGUACUCAGAAUAUCGAAUCAAGUUUUAGUUGGAAUCAACAACAAACUUAAAGAAGGUUGAAUCCCUUUCUUUGAUUUGUAUAUCUGGUUGGUUUCAAGACUGAUGCUUUCUUUAAUUUGUAUAUUAGGUUUCUCACCUUUGGUUUCUUUAAUUAUUAUUAAGGCAAUAUAAAUAACAGUUU